CUGUGUGUGUUGUACAGUUGUACUUGAAUGAUAAUAAUUUACAUGAAAUUCAAGUAUCUCUUAAUUUAUAGUUUUGUAAAAGUAAAGAGGUCAACCGGACGGACUUCAUUGAAAUAUCAUUUUAGCCAUGGAGGUGGAGGAUAAAGCAUUUAUAUGGACUGAAGAACUUAGUAGGAGGUUAUUCAAAUUACGCUUCGAACAUGACUGCUUGUUUAAAAGGAAAAAACAACCCUGGAGUGAAUUUUACAAAAUUCUUUUGGAGAAUGGAUUUCCGAGUGAAAUGACUGUGAAUCACGUUAGAAAGAAGUGGUCCUACACAUAUGAUAGUUAUAUAAUUGCAAAAAGAAGCAGAAAUAAAAGAUGGAAAUACUAUAAAAUGUUUGAUAAACACUAUAGCAAAUCAAAAUCAAUAUAUGACAAAUAUGCAUCAUGGGAUGAUGAAUGGCGAUUAAAGUUGAUCACAUGUGUAACAGAGACUAAAGAGCAUAAACUCGAUUUUCAAACAAUGUGGAGAACAAUUGAGACAUCAAUGAGAACCCAGGAACUGCCGAGCGACUGUUGUGUGCAAGACAUGAAAGGUCUAUGGCAGCAUCUCAAGACUACUUUUAAUAGAAAACACAGAAUUAAAGUGAAGAAAGGGAACACCGAAUGGCCCCUCUACGACGCCAUGUUGAGGUACUUCCAGAAACAUGAACCUGAGAAUUUGCUGAACAUGGCAAACGAAAAUUUAUUGGUCCACCUCGUAGUCAAAAGCAAAUACACCAAACGAAAAGGCGUGGUCAAUGAUGAUGACACAGAUAUGGAGGGUGAUGAGUUUCAAUGGUCCAAACACAUUACAGAAACAUUUAUUCAAAUUAGAUUACAGAACGACUGGUUAUUUCGGGAAAGAAAAUGGGCUUGGAAUGAGUUAGCAGCGAUUAUGCGAAAUGAAUACGGCUUCCCUAAAACUCUUACCAGCAGGGAUUUAUCUAGGAAGUGGGCUGCUACAUAUGCGGAGUAUCAAAAGUCCAAGGCGACGAACAAUAAAUCAUGGAUAUAUUACAAUCUGUUCGAGUUGUACUUUGGUGAAGCUAGUCUUAGUUUGAAUCCGCUGGCCGGAUGGCAAGAGGAAUGGAUUUUUAAUUUAAUAAGGGCCAGGGCGGACGCGGAACAUUUAUUUAAAUUAUCUUUUACUAACCGAAAUGAAGGGUGGAGGGAAGUGGAAAAACGGUUGCGGGGUUUAGGGUUACCAUUAGACCAUAGUUUAUUGGAUCUAGACGAGAUGUGGACACAUUUAUUGAAAACGUACAAGUGGAAGCAUAAAUUCGCAAAUAAAGGCAUACUGAACGAACAUUGGCUUUACUACGACGCGAUGUCCGAAUAUUUCACCAAUGUCGAGAAACCCGUUAAGAGACAAAAGCGGGAACGCUGCUCGCGGGAAUAUGAUCACCUCAAUGAUGGUGAUGGCGGCUGUGGUGAUGACUUGGAGGACGAUAUGAAGUUGUUUGAUCUGAAACAGAGGUUGCAAUUGAAGCCCAAACUGGAAGUUGAAAGUCAAUGUCGGUCGUGCAACGCGGAGGAAGGCUGCGUCAACAUCUUCGAGCGGGCGGGCGAGGGCGGGCUGGACCUGGCCGACAAGUUGAGGCUCAUCGCCGGCAUUGAGGUGGAUAAGGCCGAUAAUUUACCGUCACAGAUUUGUUUAAAUUGUUUCCGAGAUUUGGACAUCGCAUACAAAUUCAGAACGAAAUGUCAAGAAAUCGACAAAAUAUUUCGCAGUCACAAUUCUCACCAAAUAAAAGUUGAAAUUUUUGAUAAAAGUGAGAGCCAAGAGCGGGACAACAAUAACACGACAGAGGUAUUUGGCAAAGAUGAUUUAAACGGAAUUGACCAUUUCGACGAUCUGCCGUCUCAACCGCCACAAAAGAAAAAGCCAGUUAUCAAGAAAGAGAGAGUAAACAGAAAGAGAAAGAGGGACCCGAGAAAGCUGAGAUACGACUAUUGGAAAAUUUGCGAAGUGUGCGGGAAGAAUACACGGAAUUUGAUCAGUCACCUGGACACGCACUCCUCGGGCCGGUCUUAUUCGUGCAACUUGUGUGACAAGACGUUUAAGUUCAAGAGCGGGCUGAUGAUACAUAAAGCGAUCCACGAUCCUACGCCCAAGAAGACGUGUGAGGUUUGUGGGAAAACGUUCCACAUAUUGGCUCAGUACAAACGGCACUUCGUGUAUCACAUGAAUGAGCGGAAAUAUGAAUGCGAGACUUGCGGUAAAAGGUUCAACACGUUGGAUAUCCUGCGGGUACACGUGAGGAUCCACACGGGGGAGAGGCCAUUUAAUUGUCCGGAGUGCGGGAAGGCGUUCCGGACUGCGGGCUGCGUCGGCAGGCAUCGCCGGAUCGUUCACAGGGGCGUUAAAGUGCAAAGACUGUGGUGGGUGGCAGCCCUUCUGCUGGUCUGCACUCCUCACACACUUUGCCGGAAUGUCACCCACGAAGAUAUACGGGAUGCCAUGUUGUCCCUGGUGCACAUGUUUCGGACGUCAGAAGACAAGUUAGAACGGCACGAGUACCGGGAGAAAGGCCUGGGUGACCAGCUAAAGAGGAUGCUGUCCGGGUUGGACAAGAAACACAGGGCGUUAGAGCCGCUCAAGGGAAUGAUCUCAAGGCUGGAUGAGAGAUUGUCCAAUGUCGAGACUAUAUUAUUGCAGAAGGAGGAACGAGAAAAGUCGACACAGAAAAGCACAAAUGACGCAUUGGACGCCAUUCAGAAGUCCUUACAAACUCUGACUACCACCUUUACGAAGAGCCUGAGGCCUUCUUCUGACGACAACCUGACCACGAAUGAGGACAGACUGGAUGCGACCGAUGCUAAGCUGGACGCGGUCAAGGCAGAGAUUGAGAAGCUAAAAAACAGCCUCAGUAAGGAGGCACUACACGCAAUGUGCCUUGAAGUUUCCUCAUCAGAUAUUAACCCGUUGGGGAAGCACAUCACCGAGGCUGAGAAGCUUCUAAAUAAGUAUGAGCUGAAGUUGAACGAAUACAACGUCAACGCGAGCAAGGUUCCCACAGACUUUGUGCCUCUUAGCGAAGUGGCAUUGGCUGAUGACGCGUGGCACAGCAAGAUGAGUGAAGUAAUGGAAAGACAAGAGAAGGAAAUAAUAAAGAUAAAACAAUUGCUCAGUGACGCGGAAGGAUUCUGGAAAGAUUUGCCUCGACUGGAGGAUCUCAGGACUAGCGCCAACCAAACCUUGGAGGCUAUUGAGAAGGUCAAGGAACAGGUUAAAGAAAGCGAAGAAAAAGCUAUAAGCAAAAUAACGACGAAACUCCGCGAAAUGUCUGACCGGUUGGCGGCCACCAACCAGGACAUCCAGGCCAGCCUCACGCAGGGCAACACCAUGACUGAGCGCGCCUACAACGACAUCUCGCGGAGCUACGACACCUUGAGGACUGAGGUCCAAACACUGACGAAGAGCGAGCACGUGAUGCUGACGACUGCCGACAACGUUCUGUCUACCAAGAAGCUGGUGGAGUACGGCAUCCAGCAGAUCCUGAUGGACGUUGGGGAGAGAAUUAGGGCCCAUUCCAACCAUUUGAAUAAAACCAUUAACGAAAGGUUUGAAACAAUGGGCAGUUCAAUACUUGAGAACCAGUUGACAACCCGCACAAACCUGAGCGACAAGAUCGAGUCAGAGAUGGCGCCAGUAUGGCGACAAAUCGGCAUAAUGUACAAGCAACUAACAGCCAACAAAGAAUCUCUAGAUAAGCUUACGGAACAAACUGUUUUAUACGUUAAUGGCAGCGCAUCAACAAUGGAAAACAUCGAUAACAAGGUGGGAUUGAUAAAGAGUCGUAUGUCUGAAGUGGACGAUAAUUUGAAUUAUUUGUUGGGCCGGCUUUCUCUGGUUACUCAGGAGUUCGGGCAGAUCAAGACUGGGCUUGGUGAAGCAUUGGAGAAGGCCAAAGCUGGGCUUGGCACGGUACAGGCUAAACUUGAAGAUAAAGGACCUGGACCACAUAAUAUCACAAGCGAAGAAAAUAAAGUCUAAUAUGUUAAACUAAUACCAAAACUAACUUAGAAUAAGUUUACCAACUAGAUUCUAGAUGUAAGCUGACUGAAAAUUAGGACAAUAAUAGUAAAAUAAAACUCGUAACAUUAACUUUUGCAAAUAUUUAAUCUCUUUCAUAAUUGUGGAUCUAUAUAUUUAUAUUGUACAUGUUAUGUAUAUGAUACAAUUAAACUUUUAUUGUGACAGAUAUCCCGGCGUCACGAAGUGAGCGUAAAACCAACAAUAUACAUCUGACGAGGUUCUAAGAAAGUGAAUAAUAAACUGUACAAUCAUAUCUUGAUAUAGUAAUUAUUGAUCUUAAAUAAUAUACACACAAAUUAUUUGUCUCCCAUUUUUGGUUAUUUUAUUAAUCCUGAUUACAACCUCUUUUUCCUAUGUGCAAUUAAUAUUAUAAUAACAAAUGAUGUACCAAUAAUGAUUUUAAAUACAUAAAUAAGUAGAUUAAAAAUUCGUGCCUUAAAGUGAAUUUGUUACGCUUAUUACUGUAAAUAUAUUAAAAAAUGUGAAACACUCAAUGCAUCAUACAAAGGAGAAGAAAUAAACAACAUAGCUUAUUAUAACAUUGGCUAUUUGUGUCUUUGGUACAUGUACUUACAGUUUACACGUAAUAAUAUUGAAUACAGCUUAAAUGAUCGUACACAGAUUUACACAAGUACUAUUUAUUGUAAGUCACUUUUAUGACAGGAGAGGCAUCCCCGGGAUGAACAGACGCUUCCACUUACAGGUAACACUAGACACAUUCGUUGUUAUUGUAA